AUGUUCAAUGCUUCAGCUUUUAUAUAUUGGGCAAUGUCUUGGAAAAUCAUAGUAGUCUUGUUGAUUGGAUUUCUAGCAUUGGCACACCAGUCCUUUAGGCCUCCACCUCCCCGUAUUUGUGGUUCUCUUGGCGGUCCACCGAUUACAGGACCCCGGAUCAAGCUUAGAGAUGGAAGACAUUUAGCCUAUAAGGAGCAUGGAGUCCCAAAAGAAACAGCUAAAUAUAAGAUCAUCUUGGUUCAUGGUUACACCUCUAGUCGACAUGAUGCUGCUCUUGCUACAUCGUCAUUGGUCGAAGAAUUGGGAAUACACUUCGUGUCUUUCGACAGACCAGGUUAUGGGGAGAGUGAUCCGGAUCCAAAACGAACCAUAAAAAGCACAGCUUUAGAUAUAGAAGAUCUUGGAGAACAACUAGAACUUGGUUCUAGAUUUUAUGUCAUUGGAUUUUCCAUGGGAGGAAAUGUUGUGUGGGGCUGCCUCAAGUACAUUCCACACAGGCUGGCAGGAGCAGUAUUGAUUGCUCCAGUUGUCAAUUACUGGUGGUCUAAUUUUCCUGCGAACUCAUCUACAGAAGCAUACAAUAAACAGCCCUGGGAGGACCAGUGGGCACUUCGAGUGGCACACUAUAUGCCAUGGCUCGUCUACUGGUGGAACACUCAGAAGUGGUUUCCUUCCUCUAGUGUUACGGCUGGAAGACCUGCUCUUUCGGCCUCAGAUUUGAAAAUAGUUUCCAAAUUAGCCAAAAAACUGAUAAGGGAAUAUGCAACUCAGCAAGGAGUAUUCGAGUCCCUCCAUCUAGACAUGAUGGUCGGGUUCGGGCAAUGGGAAUUUGACCCUAUUGAUCUCGAGAACCCUUUUUCUGAUAGAGAAGGUUCUGUUCAUUUGUGGCAAGGCGUUGAGGAUGGAUUGGUGCCUAUUUCACUGCAACGCUACAUUUCCAAGAAGCUUCCUUGGGUACAAUACCACGAAAUACCAGAUGCUGGACAUCUGUUUGCUUAUCCUGAUGGUGCUAUAAAAGACUCAAUCUUGAAAACCCUUUUGACAGGGUAG